CGGGGCGGGAAGGCUGGCUGAUGACUGAAUGGGGAGACAGCCUUGGGGUGGGGCCACGACGUUUGGCGCGAAAUUUUCUUUCCUCCAUCUCUUUUCCAUUCCUAGGGAGGUGCCUGCCCGGCUGUUGAGUAGGCGAGUGGCUGUAAGAGGAGUGCGGCUGGAGCAGGUUAGAGUCGCUGCAGUCCACGAACUCCUGAAGCGGAGAAGAGAAAUGAGUGUGAAAAUAGAAGGUUGCUCGACUGAGAUCCACAUCCAAGUUGGUCGGUUUGUGUUGAUUAAAGGGGAUGAUGAUGAAAAUCCGUAUGUUGCUAAGUUGGUUGAACUGUUUGAAGAUGAUUCUGAACCUCAUUCCAAAAAACGUGCUCGAGUGCAGUGGCUUAUCCGAUUCUGUGAAGUCCCUGUCCGUAAACAGCAUUUGCUAGGCCGGAAGCCUGAUACACAGGAGAUAUUCUGGUAUGAUUACCCUGCCUGUGACAGCAACAUUAAUGCUGAGAGCAUCAUUGGCCAUGUGCAGGUUGUGGCUUUAGGCCCAGAUGAAGUGAUACCUAUGCAUCUGAAAAAUAAGAAGACACUCUUUGUGAAACUAUCUUGGAAUGAGAAGAAAUUCAGACCACUAUCCCCAGAAAUAUUUGCAGAGUUGGAUAAGCUACAGGAAAGCAGCCCUCGAUGCUGGAAGCCCAUGGGAGCCAAGACUAAGAGCACAGAAAGCCCUUCUUGGACCACAGCAGAGUAUGCGGUCAAAAGGAUUGAAUCAAGGCACUCCACCUCCAAAUCUCGCCGAACUCCUUCCCGUCCUGUCACCCCAAGGGCAAGGAAGAGACUGGAGCUCAGCAGUUUCCCUAGGACCCCUAACACUAGGAUUUCCCAGACGACUUCACAGGACUCAUUGGAUUCUCCUGGAAAAACUAAACGGAAAGUGGCCUUCUCGGAGAUCACCUCACCUUCAAAGAGGUCCCAGCUUGAUGGACUUCAGACCUUGUCUCCAGCUCUGAAAGCCCCACAGAAAACUGGAGACAUGCAACACUCGUGUGCCAAGGAUGAUAAGGCUUCACCUGAAUAUCAAAUGAUCCUAAGAACACGAGUCCCAGCUUUGAAAACCACAGAGAUUAGUGAGGAAAGUACACUUAUCCCUGUCAGAGCGGGACGGAGAUCCUCGAUGGCUUCUAUGGUUCUGAAACCAGUGUACAUCAAAAAGAGGGAGGCAAAAGAACCAGAAGUUCAGGAUGAAGCCACCUCUACACCCCACUGUAUCCGCAGAAAGACUUCUCUCUUGACUAUGAAUCGGAUUAGGCAGCAUCUUCGAUUUUUAGGCAAUAGUAAAAGUGACCAAGAGGAGGAGGAGUUUCUCCCAGCAGCAGAGAUUUCAGAUUCUGAGAGUGAGGAGGAAGAGGCUUCUACACCACCCCUUCCAAGGAGAAUGCCCAGAAGGGUGUCCAGGAAUCUGCGCUCUUCCAUGAAGUCAUCCUUACAGACCCCUUCCAAGACACCAAAGAAAACUCCCAAGCCAAGAACACCACGUCACGGCACCCCCCAGAUCCGAAGCCGAAACCUGGCUGCCCAGGAGCCAUCCAGCAUGCUUGAGGAGGCCCGGCUGAGGCUGCAUGUUUCUGCUGUACCUGAGUCUCUUCCCUGUCGGGAACAGGAAUUCCAAGACAUCUACAACUUUGUGGAAAGCAAACUCCUUGACCAUACUGGAGGAUGCAUGUACAUCUCUGGGGUCCCUGGGACAGGGAAGACUGCCACUGUGCAUGAAGUGAUACGCUGCCUGCUGCAGGCAGCCCAAGCAAGUGAUGUUCCUCCCUUUCAAUACAUUGAGGUCAAUGGCAUGAAGCUGACAGAACCCCACCAAGUUUAUGUGCAAAUCUUACAGAACCUGACAGGCCAAAAGGCAACAGCUAACCAUGCAGUAAAACUGCUGGCAGAGCGGUUCUGCUCCCAAGGGACCUCUCAGGAAACCACUGUGCUGCUUGUGGACGAGCUUGACCUUUUGUGGACUCAGAAACAAGAUGUAAUGUAUAAUCUGUUUGACUGGCCCACUCACAAAGAGGCCCGGCUUGUGGUCCUGACCAUUGCCAACACCAUGGAUCUGCCAGAGCGCAUCAUGAUGAACCGGGUGUCAAGCCGACUGGGUCUUACCAGGAUGUCCUUCCAACCCUAUACUCACAGCCAACUGCAGCAGAUCCUAGUGUCCCGACUCAAACAUAUAAAGGCCUUUGAGGAUGAUGCUAUCCAGUUGGUAGCCAGGAAGGUAGCAGCGCUCUCUGGAGAUGCACGACGCUGCCUAGACAUUUGUAGGCGUGCCUCAGAGAUCUGUGAGUUCUCCUGCCAGAACCCUGACUCCCCUGGCCUAGUCACUAUAGCCCACUUACUGGAAGCAGUAGAUGAGAUGUUUUCAUCGUCAUACAUCACUGCCAUCAAAAAUUCCUCCAUUCUGGAACAGAGCUUCUUGAGAGCCAUCCUUGCAGAAUUCCACCGAUCAGGACUGGAGGAAGCAACUUUUCAGCAGGUAUACCGUCAACACGUGGCACUGUGCAGGAUGGAGGGACUUCCAUACCCCACCAUGUCAGAGACCAUGGCAGUGUGCUCUCACCUGGGCUCCUGCCGCCUCCUCCUUGUGGAGCCCAGCAGGAAUGACCUGCUGCUUCGUGUGCGGCUCAAUGUCAGCCAGGAUGAUGUGCUGUAUGCACUGAAGAAGUGUGAAGGGCUUCACAGGGAAGAACUGUGAUCUGCUGUUUCUCAAGAGCCCAAGAUCCUUUUUAUAAGCACAUGGAACUGUUGUAGCAGAGUACACUGAAUGAAAAUGGUGGUCUUGUAUUUUGGAAUUUUCCAUUAAAUAAUUUGAUUUUUCCCAAGUGUUUGGGAAGUUACAGUCAUUAUAGAACAUCAGAUUAUAAAAACAAACCGUUCUUUCUACAGUAGGCCUUCCUGCUAACUUUCAUUUCUGUUAGUGGCUCUGGCAUUUAUUUAAUGGUAACAUGUUAUGUAUAUAAAUUAUGUGUACACAAUAACUUGUAUAUAUAAAACAGUUCUAGGAGAACAUGUAAGAAAUUGGUUAUAUUGGUUGCUUCUGGGAAAGAACAGGGUAGGUAGGGUCAGGGUUUAGAGGAAGAUUUUCACUGUAUCUUUUAACUUUUGAACAAUGUGAAUGUAACAAUUAUAGUUUAUAAAAAAGAGCUGCUGGAAAUAAUAUGUGACAAACAAUGCCUAGCAACAAAUAGCUAGAAAAUAUAAUUUUUAAAGAGGAACCAUUUAUCAUUAAGAACAAAUCUUUAAAUAAAAACCCUGUGACAGAGAAUAUAAAUUAUGUAGGAGUACAUCUAAUGAAAAUAUAUAAUUAAUCCCUAAAUACAAAUCAAUUCUAGUCAAAACCUUGCAGGGUUUUUGCAUAACUUUGCAAGUUAAUUCUCAUAUUUAGAUGAAAACCAGCAAUUGAACAAACUGAUACCCAAGGCCUCCCUAUGUCAGGCACUGAGAAAAAAUAUCACCCAUGUAAUAGUCCUGCCAGAAAUGCUUGACCUGAAUCUGUUAAUAAUCAAAUAAAAUUGAGAGAAAAUAUUCUGCAAAGCAACUGCUUUUCUUAAAAAAUAUCACUAUCACAAAAGACAGAAAGAAAACCCAACAUGGAGGAACUAUUCUAAACUAAAGGAGAACAGAGAUGUGAGAGCUAAAUAGCUAAAUAUACUGUGUGAACCUUAAUUGG